GGCUUGGGCGUUAUCCUCUUCCUUCUGAGUCAGCCGCUUUUCAGCGAGUCUCCCUCAGUGGCGAGCUGCGAGCUUGCGCCGAGGCUGUUCCCCUCCUUUUUGAAAGGUCAGGGGGAACUUGCCUGCUGCAAUCCAGAGCCGGGGGUACCACCACCCACCAGCUGCAGCUGCAGGGUGCUGUGCACCGAAAGGAUUUUCUCUCCUUUGCAAGCGUGAAGCCAGGGCACAGGACAAAAAGAGAAGCUGGGAACUAGUUCUGCAGGGGUGCCCCAAUAAACGGGAGCCCAAAUGACUGCGGAGCAGAAGGAAAUCCUGCGGUGCUACAGGCAGUACAUUGAGAAGAGCCUGAAUCCUACCUAUGUGCUGGGCAACAUGAAGGAAUGGCUCUCUGACGAUGCCAGAGAGAGAAUUCAGAUUGAGGAACAGAAGAAGGGGCUGACUGCUGCGGCGGCUCUCUUUGUUGACUCUAUACUGCAGCUCGAAUCAGAAGGAUGGUUUCGAGGAUUUCUAGAUUCACUGAAUGAAGCAGGUUACACUGGUCUGAGGGAAGCAAUUGAAAACUCAGAUUUCCAAAAACUUGAAAGCCUGGAGGUAUAUCGACAGCUGCUGAAACGUAUAGAAGCUACAAUGAGAGACAUUGAUGUAGAACAGAUAAUUCCUUACUUAAACACUUGUCUCAUAGACCGAGAAUGUGAAGAGAUUCAGCAGGUCAAAGAACUGAAAGGCAGAAUGGCUGGUGCAGUAAAGCUCAUUGAAUGCCUUUCUAGGUCAGACAAGGAAAACUGGCCCAAAACCUUUCAUCUGGCUCUAGAACGAGCAGGAUAUGACCCAGGAAGCAAACUGUGGAAUAUGAAAGAAGGUAACGAUAAAGAGAUGGAUGUUGAAAUGAUGGAGGACCAGAAUGGGAACAAUAGUGCCUUAGAGAUAAAUGUACAGUAUUCCGAAGAAGCUGAAGUUCACAAUUUCAUUGAAAGUCCGUAUUCCCCUUCAGAAGUGUCUCAACAAACUACUUAUGGACCAAAGAAGGCUAGAAGUUAUCAGAUUGAGCUUGCCCGGCCUGCUAUCAGUGGGAAAAAUACAAUCAUAUGUGCCCCUACUGGAUCUGGGAAAACCUUUGUGGCACUUCUGAUUUGUGACAAUCAUCUUCAAAACAUGCCCAAGGAACAGAAAGGGAAGAUUGUCUUUCUAGCAACUAAAGUUCCAGUAUAUGAACAACAGAAAAAAGUCUUCACACAACACUUUGAAAGAACUAGGUACAAAGUUGCGGGGAUUUCUGGGGAAACGGCUGGGGAUGUCUCCCCAGCAAGCGUCAUUGAAUGGAAUGAUAUCAUUGUCUUGACACCACAGAUCCUUGUGAAUGGUCUCAAAGAUGGAACCAUUCCUUCCCUUGCCAUUUUCACGUUGAUUAUAUUUGACGAGUGCCACAACACCACUGGGAAUCACCCCUAUAAUGUGUUAAUGACCAGCUACUUGGAUCUUAAAUUUGACUCCACUGCGAAACAGCUGCCUCAGAUUGUUGGCUUAACAGCCUCAGUUGGAGUGGGCAGUGCCAAGACUCUUGAGGAGACGAUAGAAUACAUCUGUACCCUCUGUGCCUGCCUCGACAUACAAGUCAUAUCUACCGUCAGAGAGAACACACAAGAACUGGAGGAGAUUGUAUACAGGCCCCAAAAAUCUUUCAGACUAGUCGGGAAGCGCCCCAAAAACCACUUUAUGGACAUUAUCUCAGUCCUGAUGUCUGAAACUGAGGCCCUGGCAAGCAAGAUUUACCCAAUAGAUGUGUUGUCCCACAUCAAGAGUAAAAGUUUCGGAACGCAGUGCUAUGAACAGUGGAUUGUUGACACUCAGAAGAAGUGCAGCGUGUUGCAACUGCCGGAUAAGGAUGAAGAGAGGAUUUGUAGAGCUCUCUUUAUUUACACUGAACACCUACGGAAAUACAAUGAUGCCCUCAUCAUUAACGAAGAUGCACGGACUCAGGAUGCAUUGGCUUAUUUGACUGAGUUUUUCAAUGACAUUAGAAGUGGAGGAUUUGAUGAGAUAGAUCAACAGUUAACAGCGAACUUUGAAGCUAAACAACAGGAACUGAGAGAGGCCUCAGCAGAUGAACUGAAUGAGAAUCCCAAACUGGAGGAGCUCACUUUCAUCCUGAAUGAAGAAUACCGCCUAAAGCCAGAGACCCGCACCCUUCUCUUUGUUACCAGAAGAGCUCUAGUGUCUGCUUUGAAGAAAUGGAUUGAUGAAAAUCCUACACUCAGCUACCUAAAACCGGAUGCGUUGAUGGGGCGUAGCAAAAGAAACCAGCAGACAGGGAUGACACUUUCAAAUCAAAAGGGCGUACUGGACUCGUUCAAAACCAACGGCGACAGUAAGAUACUAAUAACUACAGCUGUUGCAGAUGAAGGGAUUGAUAUUGCUCAGUGCAACCUGGUUCUCCUCUAUGAAUACUCUGGCAAUGUCACCAAAAUGAUCCAAGUCCGAGGUCGCGGAAGGGCAAAAGACAGCAAGUGCAUCCUUGUGACAAGCAAAAGUGAAGUGGCUGAGAAUGAGAGAAACAACAUCUAUAAGGAGGAGAUGAUGAACAAGGCCAUCAAGCAGCUGCAGGAGUGGGAUGAGGAAAAGUUCGGAAGGAAGAUACAUGACCUGCAAAACAAGGAAAAGACACUGCGAGAUUCCAGAAAGAGAGAAAUAAAACAAAAGCCCCUCGAGGGCAAUAGACAAUUGCUCUGUGGGAAGUGCAGAGCAUAUGCCUGUAAUACAGAAGACAUCAGGGUAAUAGAGAACUGCUGCCGGGCAUUAUUCACAUGUUUUCAUGGGGCUGUCUAUGAUGACUCAAGGGUCUCAGUCAUGCUCUGCUCCCACCCACUGAGGUUGGGAAAGUCAGCUGGGCAGCGCUGCAAUAGGAGAGCGUUUUUCCUUGACAUCAGGAAAAUCUAAGCAUUGAUGUUGGGUUUCCCAUGCCUGGGAUAUUUCAUGUGCUGAAAACGGAUGGUUUCCAAGCUGCGCUCUGCCAGAGUCCCCACUGCUUGGUGACCUACUGCUCCUUGUUUAAAAAACUCUCAACUGACUUGCGCCACCCAGCUUUACAUGCUUUAGCACUAAGAAAUCACAGAUGGGCACUAGCUGUGUCUCGGUUUAUGUUUGUUCCAGUAGCAGAGAGGUGUAGGGGUAGGAAGCAGCAACGAGAAACAGGGUUCUGGCUCUGAACUUCCUGUCUCUAUGGUUCUGUAGGGGACUAACACCUCCCCCUCUUCCCCUCAGUACCAUAAAGGUGGAGUCUUGCAGCUGGAAACUCCCUGGAGUUUCCAUCCAGCUCCCCAGUGAGGAAGUAACUGACUUUAGGGACUAUGGAACACAGUCCUUUAAAAAUCAUCCUUCCCCUUGUAAGGACAGCUGUGCAUUGUAGUACCACACAAGGAAAGAUUUAAUUAGAGCUGAGGUUGUAAUAGGAGAUGUAUAAGAGUCGACUCAAAUACAUUGUCACAAAUUCUUAGCUGAGACUUCACCACUCCUUGCAAAUUACAUUUGGUUUUACAAUUUUCCUGUAAGAAGGGGGGUGAGUGACAUUUUCAUCUCCAUUACUUUUUUUUGUAAGGAAAUUUCCUUUUCCAGAAGUGCUACUGCAAAUCAAACCAUUUUGUAUAGAAGAAUUGUUCUUGUAGUUUAAACCAAGUGACAGAGGCAGAACUCCCUUGGUAGUUGUGUAAAAUCAGUGUAUGAAGGCCAACAAAUGGAAACUUAAGAAUUUAGAAAUUGUGAUAAAUUUCUGGUAUUAAGCUGCAUCUAAUAUUUUUACUGUCA